UCGCGUGUUUUAACUAAACACGCUUGAAGCUCUCGCGUGUUUAAUUAAACACGCAUCAGGCUCUCGCGUGUAUAUCUAACACGUGACACGCUCUCGCGUCUUUAAGCAAACACGCGACAAGCUCUCGCGUGUCUCCCUUGAAUAACAAAAUCGGUCCAGAAGGCAGAAACCUCACUUUCGACCUCACUUCCACCUCGCUCAUUCUCUCACUCUCAGCGACGGCCAACGUCUCUAGGCGGCGAAAAUCGAAGUGAAUCCGAUAUUUUGAUGCUCUAAUUCCUAAUUUAAGUGGUGUUAGGUUUAAUGGUGUUUGUGAGUUUAUAUUGGGAUGAGAAAAUUAUUCAGCUCCCAGGUUUGGGUGUUGCUUAUGAUCCCCCUCGUGCAAAAUCAUUUAUUAUAUUGAAUGAAAAGAUAUCUUAUUAUCAGCUUGUUUCAAUGAUAUGUGAAAAAAUUGGAAUUGAGUUGGAUGCUUAUACGAUUGAUUUAACAUGGAGGCAUCCUGUGGUUUUUAGUGGAGUGGUGAAUUAUAUAGCUACACCAGUGGAUGAUAAUUUGUUGGAGUAUAUGUUUGCUGAAAAUCCACGUCAAAUUGAACUUUUUAUUGAAUAUACUCCUGUUACCACUGCCUUGCAAUUUGAACCACCUAUCACUCAUCAUGAUGUUGGAACGUCUAGGAGAGAUGCUUAUCCUAGUUUUGAUGUCGGGACAUCUAGGAGGGAUGAUGAAUAUCAUAGCUUUGAAUUCAACACAUCUGGGAGGGAUGUUGAUGAACCAGUAGAUGUACCAAAUGUGACAUUUGAUGGUUAUGAUGGUUCAGAUGGUUCUGAUAAUUGUGAUGGUUCAGAUGGUUCUGAUAAUUGUGAUGGUGCAGAUGGUUCUGAUAAUUGUGAUGGUGCAGAUAAUGUUGAUGGUGCAAAUGGUUCUGAUUGUGAUGGUUCCGAUGGUUCUCAACCAAGUGAUCUUGAUUAUAGUGCAGAAUCAUGUGAAGAUUCUACAGACGACGAGACACUUGAUAUGAUGGUUGAGAAUUAUGUACAACCAUCUGUUCGUGGGGAGCAAUCUGUUCCCGACUAUGUGCCUGAAGGGUUACCAUUUUUUCGAUCAUUACCAUGUGAAGGCAGCCGAGGUUACUUUUCAGAAGACCAUGGAUUGGUUGAAGAAGAUAUGUGGUAUUGGGAUGAGGAUAAUCCGAGACAUAUAGAUGUGAGAACAAAAUUUGAUAGCAAAUUACAGUUGAAAACUGCUGUCACAUUAUGGCAUGUGGGAACAGGUCGGAUGUAUGAGGUUAUGGAUAGUAAAUCAAGAAGAUGGCAUGCAGUUUGUAGGGACCCAUUUGGUCCGAAAAGAAAAUGCAGGGACCUUGGGCAACGCUACCCAUGUAAUUGGGAGGUUGAAGCAACGUUUAAGAAACGUGAUGGUAGCUGGUCUAUCAACUCAUGGGUUGAUCGUCAUUGCUGUAUGGGAGAUCAUGAAAAACACGUGCCAGUGUCUCGGCCUGUAACAAAUAAAACAUGCAUAUUUAAUAACAUACAUACUUUUAAAAUGAAACAACAACUAUAAAAAUACAAUA